AUGGUAGUUUUUGAUUUUCCUAUAUUAGUAAUAAAGAUAGUCUACUUUGAUCUGAUCCUGCCAAAAAGUAAAGCAGAAAUAAUUGCAGAAGAAAACCAGAAGCGGAUAAAAGCUAAGCAGGAAAAGAAAGAACAGGAACAAUGGGAGGCCCUGUCUAUGUUAAUUGAAAAGGAAAUUAAAAAAAAUGUUGCCUUUGGAAUAAACAGACUGGAGAAUUUCCUCAAGAAAUGUCAGUCUCGAUCUGUGAAAUUUGCAGCAGAAAUGGCAGGAUUGCGUGUGUGUUUUGAAGUUUGGAAAGAACACUGUGGAAAGCAAGGUGAAAAGUCCAAAGAUCUAAGUAUAGCUGUUCAAGUGAUGAGAAGAGUUCAUGAGCUUCUUGAAAAAUAUGAGGACCUAUUACAGAAAUCACAUCAACAAAUGUUGGCCAAGUGUCUGAACUACCUUGGAUUUGAGAAUUUGGCAUGCUCUUUAUCCAGCCAGAUCACAGAAAGAAAUAAUGAGAAAAUUGCCAAAUACGCUACUGAAGUAGGAGCAGCUCGUUUUCAAUUACAAUAUAUGGGUUCUUUCUUGUUCAGAGAUGAGAGGCGUGAUCCAGAUCCCAGAGUACACAAUUUUAUACCAGACACAUGGCAGCGAGAACUUCUUGAUGUUGUGGACAAUAAUGAGUCUGCAGUGAUAGUUGCUCCUACUUCAUCUGGGAAAACCUAUGUAUCAUACUAUUGCAUGGAGAAAGUUCUGAAAGAAAGUAAUGAAGGAGUAGUUGUGUAUGUUUCUCCAACAAAGGCCCUUGUUAACCAAGUAGUGGCAACUAUAUAUAAUCGAUUCACCAAGACACUGCCUCAUGGAAUAGUAAUAUGUGGAGUUUUCACAAGGGAUUAUCGCCAUGAUGCCAUGAACUGUCAGGUACUAGUGACAGUGCCUCAAUGUUUGGAAAUCUUGUUGUUGUCUCCACAUCGCCAGAAAUGGGUGAAAAGAAUAAGAUACGUUAUAUUUGAUGAGGUACAUUGUCUAGGUGGAGAAAUUGGAGCUGAAGUUUGGGAGCACCUUUUGGUUAUGAUUCAGUGUCCAUUUCUGGCUCUGUCUGCAACUAUCAGUAAUCCAGAUUAUCUUACUGAGUGGCUUCAAUCAGUAAAAAGAUACUGGCAGCAAGCUGAGGGUAGAAUGAAAGAAGAAAUGUCUACAUCUACCAUGAAACAUGCAAGGACACCAAAGCUACAAAACCCCAAAAAAUCAGAUAGAGUUAGAUUAGUGCUGCAUGGAGAAAGAUACAAUGAUCUAGAAAAGUAUGUGUGUUCUGUUAAGGAUGAUGAUUUUGUCAUUGAGCACUAUCACCCAUGGGCUGCCCUAACAGUGAAUCAUAUUGAGAAAUAUGGUUUUCCUUCAGAUCUUGCCUUAUCUCCCAGGGAGAGCCUUCAGCUAUAUGACACAAUGGUAAAAGUCUGGCAGAAUUGGCCAAGAGCACAGGACUUGGAUCCUGAGGAGUUUCUCUCUUUCAAGAAUAAAAUAGUAAUAAAAAAGGCAGAUGCAAGGAACUAUGAACAGGAACUGAAGAAGGAACUAACUAACUGGAUUGCACUUGGUCAAAAGGAUAAGGUGCAGGAGCUUCUGGAGUGUCUUAAACCUCACCCCACUGAUUGUCCAGAAAAUGAAAAGCGGAUCAAAUUUUGUCGUUUUGUUGAAAAAUUACAAGCCAUGGAUAAACUGCCUGCCAUAUUUUUUAUGUUUAACAUUCAUUCAGUAGAACAACUGGCCACGAAAAUAUAUGUAAAUUUGGUAAGACAGAACAGGAGGAAUCAAGAUCCAAAUACUGAGAAAGAAAUAGAAAAUUUAAGAAAUAAACAGGAAAAAAUGAAUAAAAUCUUGGAGAAUUGCAAACCCACUAAAUCAGCAAGACAGGCUACCACCAGGAAAGCAGAAAGUAUACUAAUUGCCUUGGAGGAAAAGGAACAAAUAGAGAAGAGACUUGCAAUCCUUACUAAAAUCCCUCCAGAGUUUACUUAUGCUAAUUCUAAAGCUGUGGAUGAACAAACCUUGAAGGAUAUCUUUUUACGACUAAGGUGGCAGAGACAUGCUUCUCGUCAGAGAUUGUUGGCAAAACGUGGUAUUGGAUAUCAUCAUGGUUCUAUGACUGCCAAACAAAAACAAUUUGUGGAAAUGCUGUUCAGGAUGGGAUAUAUCCAGGUGGUCACAGCUACUUCAACGUUGGCCUUAGGCAUCAAUAUGCCAUGUAAAUCUGUUGUCUUCUCUGAAGAUUCUGUCUAUUUAGAUGCACUAAAUUAUAGACAGAUGUCUGGCCGUGCUGGAAGACGUGGACAAGAUUUGAUAGGAAAUGUGUUCUUCUAUGAUAUCCCGAUGCCCAAGGUUGAAAAACUUAUAAAAUCCAAUGUACCUCAACUGAAAGGCAAUUUCCCUUUCAGUAUUUCCCUGGUGCUAAGACUCAUGCUAUUGGCAGCAAAAGCAGAUGACAAAGCGGAUGCCAAAGCAAAGGUGCUGUCAGUGUUGAAGCAUCCAUUGAUAGCAUUCAAACAACAGAGGCAUAAUGAAAUGUUAAAAAUAUACUUCAUCUUUUCUGUGCAGUUUCUUCUCAAAGAGGGAUAUCUGGAUCAAGAAUGUAAACCCAUGGGAUUUGCUGGACUUGUAUGCCAUUUACAUUAUCAUGAGCCUUCAAACUUUGUCCUAGUCAGCUUUCUUGUCAAAGGAUUAUUCCACAAAUUGUGCCAGCCAAUUAAAGGUUCAACUGUUUUCUCUGAAAAUGUGAUGGAAGAAUUAGUGUUAGUGUUAGCAAACCUAUUUGGAAGGAUAUAUUUACCAGCUUGUGCUAUGAAGUUUAGGAAGAAGUUUUAUCAGUCAAAGGUGUUUCUAGAAGAUCUCCCAGAAGACUUCGCUGCAGCAGUUGACGAAUACAACAGCAAAGUAGAAAAAAAUUUUGCUUGCUUUCUUCUAACAGUUGCCAAGCUGGCUGACACAGAACAGGAAUAUAAACUCCCUUUGUCAAAGAUAGAUUUUACACAAAAAGAAUAUGGUCACUCCAAACUGGCCUCUUAUUUGAUGAGCAGCACAAAAAGUGUAACUGCAGUCUCUCCUUUCAUGUGGCUGUCUGGAAUGACUGAUCAGGAUUUAUUUGCUGCUGAAAAGGUUAACAAAGCUGUUUUACAUACAGUUGGUGUUAAUAUUGGAAAUGCUCCUUUGCUUUGGCGGGAGAAGCAUGACUAUCAAGGAAGAAGAAUGCCACUCAAUGCUUAUGCACUUGAUUUCUAUAAGCAUGGCUCCUUGGCUGCUCUGGUAAAAGACAACUGGUUACAUGAAGGGGAUGCUUAUAAACUGCUUAAGGAUUUUUUGCUUGUCAUUAAAUCUGUCAGAGUAUCACUUGGUGAACUUUGUGACAAUCCAGAUGACAAUGUUGUACUGGCAUUUCAACAACUGAGUGAAAGUUAUGAAGCAAAACUACAAAAAGUUUAAGUGUCACAAGAUUGGCAUAGAUUGUGGAGAACAUGAUACCCUAAA